CCAGCCCGCGGACGUGGGACCCGUUUACAAUUUUCAAAACACGCUUAAAACGCCUUAAACAGUAGUUUAAUAAAGCAAAAUAUCACACCAAAAGCUCGGGCGACAAGCACAAUAAAUAAAACAAGCUGAAAAACCACCGUACCAACGAAAAACAGUGAAAACCCACCGCGCGAAUAUUAAACAGCAUAAAAAUGUGACAUGCAGUGAAAAAACCUUAUGAAAAUCCAUGAAUACUUCCAAAAUACGCUUAAAUGAAACCAUACAAAACUACAAAAUACUGUAAGGACCUCAACAAAUUGUGAUAAGAAUUUAAUCAGAUGUCUUUUCGUAUUUUCGUUUCUGGCGUGUUCGAGUGGAAGGAAUGAUGGCAGAUUUAUUUUCACCGGGUUAGUUUCCAGAUUAUGAGUGGUUUGGUGUACAAAAUGUUCCGAUUUAGUAGUAUCUUGAAGGAUAAGUUUUGCCUAAAGUGGUGCUGGCGAAAACGCUGGCCAGGAGUGAAGAAAAAUGGAGUCACAUCGUGUGAAUUACGUUCAAUAAGUAUUUUUUCUUAGCUGGUUCAGUGUUUAGAUAAUACUCUGUAGAAGAUAAGGUACAUAGAAAAAUAAUAAAAAUGAACACGUUCAACGCUCCGACUACGCAAAUUAACGCGAUCGACAAAAUGACAACAGUGAAAUGUAAAUCCGUAGACUUGGAAGGAUAUGUUAUUAUAGUGGUACAGACGAAGGAUAAUAAAGUAAAAUUGUACGGGUCACCAUCUGCAGGCAAUUGGGACAAUCUGGAACUGGCAGACGAAAUCAUGGACGUGAAUGAAACCAGGCUGGAGGAUAUGACCAGGGCUGAAGUCCUGGGCCAUAUUCAUGAGUGUAUCUCGUCGUGCGUCAUCAAACUACGGGUGAAGAGGCGGAGCGAGACUAAACUAUUAUCGGACAUCGGGCACAACAUCAUCCAAGAUGCGUUCCUCAUCGCGGUCGAGGAGCAGGCUCGGCAGCGGCUGCAGCGGCUGUCGGCGCUCAAGCGCAUCACGCCCGUCGACAUGUCCAAACUAUCUGUAGAGCUUAACAAAAGGAAAAGGACGCAGCCAGAGAACAGACAGGAAUUGAAUGGGUACAUAGCAAACUCCACCGUAUAUGUCACAUCCAUAAACGAAAAUGGAGCUAUAGAGAGCAAGCCUACGAUAUCUUCACCCAAAUCCCAGCCAAAAUCAUUGCAAGCAAAACCGGCCCCUGUCAUAGCGAACGGCAUCCAACCAGAUAAGGAGAAGAAGAAAGAAGCGUUGGAAGUGAAAGAAGAUAAAGUGGAACCGGAGAAGCACGAAAAGGAUUCAAGUGAAAAGAGCCUCAAAGUAAAAGUUGAGUGUGAAGUGAAAAUCGAAAGUGAAGUGACUAGUGAUAAUAAAGAUAUUAGCAAAAGUGACGCGUACAGUGUAGCGAGGGAGCACUUAAGCAACGGUAGAAGUGAAAAACUAUUGGGAGAGCAGCCUGAUCACCGGAUCAGGGCGACGGCUAUUGUGGAAAGCAACAAACUAGGACCAGGAGAAAAGGGGCCGCGAAGACGGUCGGGUUCCAGCAUCGUGGUGCUCGGCGCGGACGAGGAGAAGCGGCCGCCGCCGGAUGACGACAGAGAGAUGCUCACGAUGCUCUCCUUGUCUUCCGACACCGGUCCCCACCGCGAGAUGGCGGUGGACGUGCCGGACAGUUUCAUCGCGAGGAACAAAACACCACCCCGCUACCCACCACCCCGUCCUCCGCAGGUACGCCUCCGGGCCUCCAGGGACGACGAACCGCUCCUCCUGUCCUCCGGAGGAUCGGGCACAAGUUUCGGCAGCAAGCAGAGUACCGUCCUUCAGAGCACCAUUGAUAUAUCCGGCCCCAGUUCAGAUGGCUCGGGCAGCUUCAAGAAUAACAGCACCAUAGAGUUGUUGUCGCUGCCGCAGAGCUCGGAUGGGUCUGGAACGAGUUUCGGGAGCAAGAAGAGUAAAGGAUCGUCUGAGACGGCCAAGUGUGGUGACAUGAUGUCGGAGAGAUCGGAGUCGGUGGCGUCGAACGCGACGCACAACUUGAGCGAUCACAAGAUCCAGCUUCUCAUUUCUAACGGGGAGGAUUCUUUGCUAGACUGCAGGGAGGGUGUGACGUACUCCGCGAGGACGGACUCGGUGCUGAUCCGAGAGGCGGUGUACGCGUCGUACAAGCUGCCUCCUGGCUUCGACACCACGCCGGUGCUCCUCGGCCGGGAGGUCGCCGUGGACGUGCCGGACACCUUCGUCCAAAUAGUGAAAACUACCCCCAAAUACCCCGGUACCGUGGACAGAAAGAGCGUCGCGUUUCAGCAGGUGAAUGGCACGGCGAAGAUCACGACGCCCGCGCUACCGCCGCGGGAGGUGCCGCGAGACGCGCCGCCGCGGCCGCCUGCGCACGACAACAUCACGAAAGAGCAGAUGGACUCUAUCAAGAAGUAUCAGGAGCAGCUCAGAAGGCGCAAAGAAGCAGAAGACCGGAUCGCAGCCCAGAAUGAGUUCCUCAGAACGUCGCUCCGAGGUUCCAACAAGCUGCAAGCGCUGGAGUCCACACCACCAUCGUCGGGCACCGCGUUCGUCAACGAUGCUUACGAGGACGACGUCAGCGACGAUUCCGUGCAGUUAUACGCCCUUGUUGAUUAUCAAGAAGUAUGCGCAGCGCUCUCGAGGGUGCAAAAGGCGUUGGGCGCGAGUGGGGAGACCGCCCUAGCAGCGAGGGUGGCCAGCGCAGCAGGAACGCUGCUGUGUCCAGCUCUAAGGACUGCCCUGGCCACGAGAUCAGCAGUACUCACCGCUGUCAGGCAUAAAAGAAGCGGGCUCAGUACUCCACACACGCAUCGGGCCACGGAUAGGCUGAAAGACGUGAAUGAGACCGCCCUAGCAGCGAGAGUGGCCAGUGCAGCAGGAACGCUGCUGUGUCCAGCUCUAAGGACUGCGUUGGCCACGAGAUCAGCAGUACUUACCGCUGUCAGGCAUAAAAGAAGCGGGCUCAGUACUCCACACACGCACCGGGCCACGGAUAGGCUGAAAGACUGCAUGGACGUAUUGGACGUGCAGACAUCGUCAGGCGGCGAGAAGUCUGCGAUAGCAGCGGAACUGCUCUCGAUCCUGGGCGGGCUGGAGCUGGAGAGCCUGAUCCAGGCGCACGACCAGGCCGCCGCGCUGCUUGACCCCGCGUCCUUCAACAGGGGGAAGAGGCAUAAGACUGGAAAUAACUAUAAUCACAAAGGAGAGAACGAUAAAGCUUUAACCGCGCACUCGCCGGACGACCCCAGCGAAAACAUCAAAAUUAUUAAAAUUGAAAAGACUAACGAACCACUUGGUGCUACAGUAAGAAAUGAAGGAGAAGCAGUUGUUAUCGGUAGGAUAGUGAGAGGAGGCAUCGCGGAGAAGUCGGGGCUGUUACACGAAGGAGACGAGUUGCUAGAAGUAAACGGUCUAGCCAUGCGAGGGAAGUCAGUGCACGAGGUAUGUCAGCUCCUGGGCGCGCUGACGGGCACGCUGAGCGUAGUGCUGGCGCCGCGAGCGCGCGCGCCGCAGGUUUGCCAACUCUUGGGCGCGCUGACAGGCACGCUGAGCGUGGUGCUGGCGCCGCGAGCGCGCGCGCCGCGCCCGCCGCCGCCGCACCGCGUGCUGCACGUGCGCGCGCACUUCGACUACGACCCCGAGGACGACGUCUACAUCCCUUGCAGGGAGCUCGGCAUAAGUUUCCAAAAAGGCGACGUGUUGCACGUGAUCAGCAGAGAGGACCCCAACUGGUGGCAGGCGUUCCGGGAGGGAGAGGAGGACCAGUCGCUCGCCGGCCUCAUACCCAGCCAGGCCUUCCAGCACCAACGGGAAUCCAUGAAGCUGACGUUAGCAGGCGAAGUAGCAGCUCGGGAUAAACCUCGGAAAGGCGGCACGCUGCUGUGCGCUAAGAAACCGCCGCGGAAAAAGAAGGGCAAGAAGGCCACUAGCGAAGCGGGGUACCCGCUGUAUUCUACCUCAGGGGGCGACGAGUUCGAGCAAGAAGAAAUCCUAACGUACGAAGAAGUAGCGCUGUACUACCCUCGGGCGUCGCACAAAAGGCCGAUCGUCCUCAUCGGGCCUCCCAACAUCGGCCGCCACGAACUCCGCCAGAGGCUCAUGGAGGACGGUUCGAGAUUCGCCGCUGCGGUGCCUCACACGUCACGCCCUCGAAAAGACCACGAGGUGCCCGGGCAAGACUACCACUUCAUCUCGCGCACGCAGUUUGAAGCCGACAUACUCAACCGCAAGUUCGUGGAACAUGGGGAAUACGAGAAGGCGUACUAUGGCACAUCCCUAGAAGCGAUCCGCGAGGUGGUGAACUCGGGCAAGAUCUGCGUUCUCAACCUGCACCCGCAGUCGCUGAAGAUCCUGCGCAACUCCGACCUCAAGCCUUACACGGUCUUCGUGGCGCCCCCUAGCUUGGAGAAGCUGAGGCAGAAGAAGAUCAGGAACGGAGAGGCUUUCAAGGAGGAGGAGCUAAAAGAGAUAAUAGCGACCGCCCGCGACAUGGAGCUCCGAUGGGGGCACCUGUUCGACAUGAUCAUCAUCAACAACGACACACAACGUGCCUACCAGCAGCUGCUCAACGAGAUCAACAGCCUCGAGCGCGAGCCGCAGUGGGUGCCGGCGCACUGGCUCAAGCACACCUAGCGGCCCCCGCGCGCCGCGGCACUCGCCCCACUCGCCGCCCCACUCGCCCCGCUCGGCCCAAUCGUCCUCCUGAUCGCAGCACUCGCGAGGACCAUCUUCCACCUCCUCCUGUACUUCCUCGACCUCUGCGACCGGAGGCCCAAGCGCCCCGCGCGCCGGCUGAAACUUUAGCAUAGAAUUUAGCGAUGUGUUCCCUUCGUGAGAGUGAGGACCUGCGUCUGUCGUGUUUAGUUCCCGCGGAGGACAGACCAAAGUUGUUAAUACUUUCAUUAGGUGUAUUUUAUAUUUGGACGUUUUGGAAAUUAAUUAAUCGUAAACGCCGAUUCGGCGUUCGCGAUCGUUCGAUUUCGAUCGGUUCGUGUUUGUUAAUCGCGUUGACGAACGCGGAGUUUCGUGAAAGACGUGUAGGGUGUUUUCGAAUACCCCAUUGAGAGAAUUAAGUAAUAUUUAUUGAUUUGUGUACGAGCUGUAGACCAGAGUUUUUACGGUACAUAGAACCUCGAACCUUAGAUACAGUCGUGUGAAACGAAGUAAUCUUCCGGCAAUAAUAGGUACGCGAUUGUCUGAAUUAGGAUUAAAGUUUUACCUAAAUAGUGAUGAAUAUGAGUAAAACAAUAAUUCGUGAAGGGGCUUAAUACAAUAAAAAAGUUUAAUUUCUUUUUAAUAUACCUGAUAUUGUUCUGCCUUAUUCGUGGAUGUUGCGUAAUUUUACAUUUUUUAACUUGUACAUCGUUUCAUUCGUUAAAAUUAGAAAUGAAGUUCACAUUUCACGUUAGGCGUUUUUAUAGAUCCCACAUCCAUUCUUUAUUGCUAAUUUUAACGGAUAUUAGAAAUAGGUAUUGUAAAGGAAACCGCUGAGGGUCAGUUAAAGUUCACUUUUCUAGUUUAGAAUUUCAAAUAACAUUUUACACAAUUCCUUCAAAUAUUUGAAUAGUAUUUCCUUCAAAUUAUAGUCUGUCUUGAAAUGUCUGCUUUUCCCGGUUUACUGAAACAAGUCGUGGGACGCGCGCGCAAACUACGAGUUAGAAUUUAGGUCGGCCGAUGGCAAUAGUUCCAUAAUCCUUAGAUUUGACUUAGUACCUACAUUUAUUAUCUAAUCUGCAGACGUAAAUUCUUACUUCCCACGUAGUUUUAGAAAUCACCACGCUUUCAGUAGUAGACAUCUAUCUGCCUUUAUCCAAUAAUCCGUUUUAAAAUAUUUGAGAACUUCUUAUAAUCGUAGGUCUCCAUUUAAUUCUAUUUUUCCUUGAAUCUAACGACUUUAGACUGCUCGCUGGAUAUCCGAUUAAGCAACUCCAAUGAUGGCGGUCCAUAAAAAAAGAUUUUAAAGCCGCGGCAAUUUACCAAAUUACAUUUUAAAUUAGUCGUGUUAAAUAGAAGUUGUUGAAACUUACAUUAAGCUACAAACAAUAAUGCAAAGGAAUUUAUAGUUUGCAAUUUAAUAGAUAGUUAAUAUCAAAUACGAUCAAUAAACAAUAAAUUAACUAUUUCUCUAUUGCCAAAUUUAUACGGUAGAUUUAAAAAAAAGAUAGGAUUUUUUGAAAAAAUCUUCAGUAGUCUUGUGGGAUUCUAAGGGCGUGACCCAGUGGUAGGAAGUUUCUAGUACCUAACAAUAAACCAAUAAAGGAUCACUGCUAUGAUAGUGAGUAGUAAAGCAAUAUUUUAUAACCGUAUAAUCAAAUUUACCUACUGUACAACGACAUAUCUGAUUUUUAUAGUAUACCUAUUUCAAUUUUUCGGCCAAUCGAAUGUAUAUUCCUUUUGGUAAUUUUACCUCUAUUUAAUGUAACUAAUAGAUACAAUAAUUUAUCGAAUAGUCACGAGUUUGGUGUGCUUGUUUUUAUUACGACCAUUUGUCCGGUUUUUUGUGUAAACCACGUGUCUUUUUAAAUGUGCUUGUAGGUAUAGCUCGACAACACCGAUCCACUCGAUCACGUACGAUUUUACAUUUUGACAAAUAAUUACAAUAUUGUACUAAUUACCUAGUGUAAAGAAACAAAUGAACGCGCACAUUUGUUGAAACUUAUGUAUGAUGUAUAGAAUAAAGAAUAUUUAGAAAAGUAGGUACCUAACUAAAAACUUCUUAACUCGACCUACGCAUCGUAUCACAGAAAAGCUAGUCAUCCCGAUUGAUAAAAAUGCUAAUGAAAUUCUUAAAGAUGAGCAACUAACUGCGCAGGAGGCCAUCAUAGAUGUUGUCGAGUUAUACGUCCCUCCGUAGAGAGAAUAGUUAACGCAAUACAUUUUAUAAGAUGAACACAAUAUUCUAAAUAUUCAGGGAUAAGUGAAAUUAGUUUGUUUACAUUAUUUGUAUAUCUGUGUAGAUAGAAUUGUGCAUUCCAAAUACUUUAGUGCCAAAUACAUAAGGCCACGAGGAAUAGUGGGUUGAAUAUUCUUUUUAUAAUAAUCACAAUUUUUAAAUAAAAUAAUAUGUUAUUUUGUAUGUAUGUUGUAGGUAUGUUAUACCAUUACCAUUGUCAUGUUAUGUGUACUGAUUUUGAGAUAUCGUGUCAUAAUUUUUAAAUUGAUCGAGAAUAUUGCAUUAGUUGCGUAAGUUGAUAAUAUAUUUGAGCAAAAUCAGUGGUAGCCUGUGAGGUGCUAAAAAUUUUUAAACAGAUUUAUUGUUUUUAUCAUAUUCUGUAUGUAUUUAUGUUAUCGUUACACUGGGGUAUGCGUGUCGAUGUUUUUUCGUACUGGCAACAUGCGUAGGUACCUCUAUUAUUGUAACUUUUUGCGAAAGGCAACACUUAAAACAUUGUCACGUAUGCUCAGUGAAAAUGUGGAUUUGCCGAGAUUUCACAGUAUUGAUAUUGUCUAAUUUAUAAAUAGUCCUGUAUAUAAUUUAUUAACAACUGAAUAAAUAAUGAAAGAGUAUAAAUAACAUGUUAAUAGAGAACAAUUUAAUGUAAAUAAUAGAGUACCUAUUAAAUUUAAUAUCAGAUAA